AUGCCUUGCAUUGCCUCGCCCGCGCUGACAAUCAAUCAAUCACUUCAUAUUGACGAUUCUUUGGAGGUUGCAAGGUCUUAUGAUCGCCCCCUGAUAUCUUUUCUAUUUUAUUUUCUUUCACGUUGGGGGAGGGGUGGAUACCUGCUAUACUUGUUUUUGUUUUUUAUACCCUUUCCUCGUGCCUUUUUCCGCCAAUUUGUUCUGACGAUACUUGCAUUCGCUAUUCUUUCUUUUCAUUCAUUCACAUUUACAUUUGGAGUCCCUUUUUUCUUCUCAUCCCAUUUUGCGGUAUACACCUUCUCGCUUUCUUUGCUCAUUGGAGAUAUUGGAGAUAUUGGUAACUGGAAUUGGAAUUGGGCCACGCAAAAGAGGGCAGGUAGACGACACGUAUGCCCGGGUGUGGGAGAUAUCUGUCAUUGAACCUGGGCCGGGGCUGGGAGGGGGAUUUGUGCGUUUUUAUUUUAUUGUUUUAAAAACCUUCUCCCUUGAUACAAUGAUAAAUAGGCGGGAGGUUUUUUCUUUUUUUUUUCCUCUUCGAUGAUGAUUUCUUGACACCUUGACUUCGCUUUACCGUACUUUGAGAUUACACCAAAGGGUAUGUUAUCGGUGGGGGAAGAAGGGGGAGUUGAGGGGAGGGUAAAAAAAAAGAAAAAAGAAAGUACUCGUAGCAUAUAGCGACCCCACCAUAAGUUGCUAUGAAACGAAAAGGUCUUUUUGGUUCUCCCUGGUCUGCUGACUUGUUUGCUGUGGCAUAUUUGCAUGUACUCGUACUAGUACGAGUAUUAUAUGAUGUGGUACCCCGUGUGCUACAGUGCAUAUCG